UUUAGUUGUUGCGCUGUGUUUCUCUUCAGUGUCUGCUUUUCUUCCCUUGACCGGAAAACACAACAGCGACGGUUUUUCACCGUUCCAAAGUGACAAUAUGCUUUCAGGUUCAACCACUGGGAAUUACUUGCACCGUAGAGCCCCAAUUCUCUACAAAGGACCAAUUCCUGGAUUGAGAGGAGAGAAGUUGCAAUUAUCCAGCGUAAGAUUCUGUCUGAAGUAUAAAGUUUCCUGCAAAUUUACUGACUUGGGAAGUGAUUCAUGCUUGUCGAAGGCACUUCAAAAGAGUCAACCUUUGGUUAAGAUGUGUGGCAUUACAUCUGCUAAAGAUGCUGCUAUGGCAGCUGAAGCUGGUGCAAAUUUUAUUGGAAUGAUCAUGUGGCCUAAUUCAAAACGUUCUGUUUCACUUCCUGUUGCAAAGGAGAUAUCUAAAGUUGCAAGAGAUUAUGGAGCAAAGCCUGUGGGAGUAUUUGUGGAUGAUGAUUCGGAAACAAUACUAAGAGCUUCUGAUGCAUCAAACCUUGAAUUUGUGCAGCUUCAUGGAUAUGGUUCUCGGUUAGCUUUUCCAUCUAUAAUUCAGGAAAAUCGUGUAAUAUAUGUUCUCCAUGCAAAUGAGGAUGGGAACCUUUUAAAUACAAUUUCUGAUGAAGAGUGUUCUCUAGUUGAUUGGGUUCUUGUAGAUAGUGCAAAGGGUGGCAGCGGUAAAGCAUUUGAUUGGGCCCAGUUUAAACCACCAAAAAUUAGAAGCAAGCAUGGUUGGCUCUUAGCAGGAGGAAUCAAUCCUGAGAAUGUUUCUGAGGCUGUGUCUACUCUAAAACCUGAAGGAGUGGAUGUCAGCAGUGGCAUUUGUGCAUCAGAUGGCAUCCAGAAAGAUCAAUCUAGAAUAGCUUCCUUUAUGAAUGCAGUGCAUUCUGUUCUGUAUUGAUGCACCUUAAACUAUUAUAAACCUCAAGAAAGGAAAUGUUGUGAUUGGGAAAUAUCCUCAUGAUGUCGUUACAAUUUUGUUUUCAAAUCCAAUUGUAUCCCUGAAUGAAGUUCUUCCUUGGUAGGAGCUGUUUUCUAGGCAUGGGAGUAUUGUAAUGGUUGGUUGGAGUAC